GGAGCGCGGUAUAAAUCUUUUCAGUUGAGUUUGGAACGCAUAACCGUUAAAACGUAUAACCCUCCUGGAGCGGAAGUUUCCAUUUCUUUCCAUCUGAAAACAUGCAGCGUUACCAAGUGUGCAGUGUUCUGGUCCUGGCCUGGCUCGCCAGUGGACAUGCCCUGGCCGUGGGCGCACCCGAGUGCCCCGAGAAGUACGGCGUCCAGGCCUACGCCCACACGGAGAACUGCGACCAGUUCUUCCUCUGCACCAACGGCACCCUGACCCUGGAGACCUGCGAGAACGGCCUGCUCUUCGACGGCAAGGGCGCCGUGCACAACCACUGCAACUACAACUGGGCGGUGGACUGCAAGGGCCGGCAGUGGGAUCCCACUCCCAUCUCCACGCCGGGCUGCGAGUACCAGUUUGGACUGUACGCCGUGUCCAAGGACUGCUCCACCACGUACAUCAAGUGCGCCCACGGAGAGCCCCACGAGCAGGACUGCGACGCCGGCCUGGCCUACGACGAGCGCAUCCACGGAUGCAACUGGCCGGACCAGCUGCUGGACCACUGCAAUCCCGAGGCUGUGGUGGGCUUCAAGUGCCCCACCAAGGUGGACCCCAACUCGGUGGCCGCCCGCUUCUGGCCCUUCCCCAGGUUCCCGGUGUCCGGCGACUGCCACCGCCUCAUCACCUGCGUGGAGGGACACCCGCGCCUGAUUAGCUGCGGCGAGGACAAGGUGUUCGACGAGCACACACUCACCUGCGAGGAUCCGGAGUACGCCAGCGGCAGCUGCGCCAACUACGGCAAAUAGGGCUAUCCGACGAUCGACCCCGAGACGAGGACCCUGUAUAUAUAAAGAAAACUAAUCUGCCUACCUAUGUGUAUAAAGCUCAAAGCCCCAGCUAUCCUACUACUACUCCCUAUCUCCGUUUCUAAAGCGUAUGCUCCUCCAGCGCCCCUCCUGGCACUCCGAAAUAAUGUUUUGUUCUCCACCACCUCUGUUUCAUUUUCCGUAUUAUUAACUUUCUUGUUGUUUGGUCUCCUUUUGUAUAUGAAUCGCAAUAAAGUUAAUUUUAUUUAUUGUA